AUGGAAGAACAAGAUCUUAGACAAACAGCAAAAGAAAGCCAACGAAUUAAUAUACUUAUAGAACUUUCCCUUGAUGGAAAAUUUAAAUGGGUAGGACCUUCAUGGAAAGAAGUUGUUGGUAUUGAUCCGGAAAGAAUUAUUGGGCAACCUAUAUCUAAUUUCUUAGUUGGAAAUGAAAAUAUAUUUUCAUAUGCUACUAAUGUGCUAUUAAAAGAUGAUUCUCAUAUUUUUAGAAUUCAUUUUAGCAUUCUAGCAAAUUUACCACCUGAUAAAGAUGGGGAUGCUUUUAUUAUUUCUAAUUAUGAAAGUCUGUAUCCUAGAGCUACAACUGAUAUUGUUUGUCAAGGAGAUUUUACAGGAGUUAUUGAAAUGGAAGGUCAUGGUAUACUUAUUCGUGAUAGAUUUACAUUAAAUGCUAUACAUACAAUGUGGAUAGCACGACCUGUUAUAGAAAUUGACCCUAUAGUAGUGAAUAUUGAUGAGGGUCUUAUUAAAACUCUUGGAUUUGGAUCUCAAGUUCUAUCUAAUUUUUUAGAAGCAUUGGCAAAUGGUAAUCCUCAAAAAGCUAUUUUACUUCCUGUUCUUUGUAGAAUAUGUGAACGUCAAAUACAACCUUGGUUUUUCGAAAAACAUACUGAAUUGUGUACAGUGCUUCACAGAACAGAGUCUAUCGUUCAGGAAUGUCAGGAUAUUCUUCAAGAUCAUCGAGAAAUUCUUAGUAAUAUUCUUAAACUUUUUAAUGAAAAUCCAGGCAAUCCAAAUGUUGUGUUUGAAUAUAGAAAUCAUUCUAUAAGAUCUACUCCUUCGGUUAUUGUGUCAUCAAGUAUUUUAAAACCUUUGGGUUCCCGAGAAAUAUCCUAUAUUUCACAAAUACAACUUAUAGAAACACUUUUGGAUUAUUGUGAAACAGCAUUGGAAAUAAAUUUGCCGGCAAUAAAGAGUGAAUUUGUAGAUAUUCCUAUAAAUGAACUUCGUGUUCAGUCUCCGGAAUCUCGGAAACGGAUAUCAUUAGUUUAUAAUUGGACGCCUCCUAAUAUUGAAGAAAUAGGAUUAUCUUAUCUUUGUAAAGAUACUAAAGCAUAUAUAUCUGCUAAAGUUGAUGCGGUAUUGCGUGUACAGAAUAUUAUUCUAUAUUCCGAAAGAAUUCGUCAGGAACUUGAUGCCCAAGUUCAAAAUAUUAUUAAUGAGACUAUACGGAAGUUGGAAGAAGAAAGAAUUUUGUCUAUUGAAGAAUCCGAAUCCGAAUCUGAAUCGUCAUUUCGACAAAGAUAUUGCAAUGCUAGUAGUGAUUUUCCAGAGUUUUUAAAAGUACCUAUAUUAGAUAGAGAAAACGAAGUUUUAUCGUUGGUUUCUCUUAAAGAGUCGCCAACUUUAAAACAUUCUUUAUUACAAAAAAGUUCAUCUGAAUUAUGUAGUAUGGAUAACAAAGGAUUUUCGAAACUUUCGGCAUUGAAAAAUUCUCCACUUUUAUAUAGUUGUGAUGAAAUGCCUUUAUCAUUUGACUUUAAGAAAAAAGGUGGUAUAUAUGGUUCGCCAAGGCGCAAACCUUCUCCUGUUCGGUAUGUUUCGUCUCAUAGACAAAUUUCUCCACAUAGAAAUUUGUCCCCAUCAAGAAGAGUUGUUUCUCUUACUUCAUCUCCAUUAAGGUUUCAUCGAAAUCACCCCUCUGUUUGUGAUUUAACUCCUAUAACAUCGCCUUUAUUAUCAUGUUCAGAUUUUUCUCCUUCACUGGUCGAUCAUACUAAUAAUUUUUAUCAACGUUAUUGCUCUUAUACGUCUGAUAUAACUAGUCGAAUACCUCCGUUAUCACCAAAAAUUUCAUCAAUUACACCUGCAGUUAGAACUGUCCCUUCAAUUAAAGAUUUUGAAAUUAUUAAACCAAUUAGUAAGGGUGCAUUCGGCACUGUAUAUUUGUCUAAGAAAAAGGCUACUGGGGAUUAUUAUGCUAUUAAGGUUCUUAAAAAGGCAGAUAUGAUAGCUAAAAAUCAAGUGAUAAAUGUACGAGCAGAACGUGCAAUUCUUAUGGCGCAAGGAGAAUCUCCAUUUAUUGUUAAGCUCUUUUUUACUUUCCAGAGCAAAGAUUAUCUCUACUUAGUUAUGGAAUAUUUGAAUGGAGGUGACUGUGCAGCUCUUGUAAAAGCAUUAGGUGGUCUUACAGAAGAUUGGGCUAAAAAAUAUAUCGCAGAAGUAGUUCUUGGAUUGGAAUUUUUACAUGAUAAGGGUAUUAUUCACAGGGAUCUUAAACCGGAUAAUCUCCUUAUUGAUCAGCGAGGACAUUUAAAGUUAACCGAUUUCGGUUUGUCAAGAAUAGGUUUAAUAAGACGACAUAAUAUUAAUUAUAUUUCAAAUGAAUCUAUUUUUGAACCCUUUUCCCUCCAAGCAUCCAGUUUUUCUCGGUCAGCAUCUUAUGAUUUUGGAAAUCAUUCAUUUAUGUCAGCAAGUGCUAUGUCAAUAGAAUCUUCUUUUCAAACUACAAAUCUGAUGAGUUCAACAAAUCUCAAAAGAAAUGAAUCUCAUGCUUCUGAAAAUCAAGCUUAUUUUGGUAUAAAAUCAGAAGGAGAUAUAGAUAGUAUUUGUAGUACAUUUGGUAAAUUUAAUUUAGAUGAACAUAAAAAGUCUUUUUUUGAAGAUACUACGAGUUUUGUUAGCAGUACUUCAAGCAGUUUGGGGGGGUCUAAUUUUCAGUCAAAUAUUGCACCUUCUCUGACAGGCCUUGGGAAUCAACCUUUUUUAAAUCUUUUUAGUCCUAAUGAUACAACGAGGAAAUUUGUUGGAACUCCGGAUUAUCUUUCUCCAGAAACCAUUAACGGUAAAGACGAGGAUGAUACAGGGGAUUGGUGGUCGUUGGGUUGUAUUCUUUUUGAAUUUCUUUAUGGUUAUCCUCCAUUUCAUGGAAAUACUCCAGAAGAAGUAUUCGAGAAUAUCCUUUCAAGAAAAAUAGAUUGGCCAGAAACAAAUGAUGUUAUAGUUUCAAAAGAUGCAAAGGAUUUAAUGAACAGGCUUAUGUGCGUAGACCGUACACAAAGAUUAGGAUCUAAAGGUCCAGAUGAAGUUAAGUCUCAUCCUUUCUUUUCUGAUAUAAAUUGGAAUACAUUGCUUAACGAGGAUGGCUGUUUUGUUCCUACUUCAUUGGAUCCUGAAAAUACAGAAUAUUUUGAUACUCGUGGUGCAAUUCUUGAGAAAUUCGAUGAUGAUGCAGAAAGUUCUAAUACUCAGAUUGAUAAAAGUCAACCUAGUAUUUUAAAGAAAGGGCAUCAACGCGAUUCCGAUAUAAAAAAUAAUUCUAUGUCUUAUAAUACAUCUUCAUGUUCUGAGAAUUCUAUCUUAAAAACUCAAAAACUAAAUGAAACUUCCAGAACAGCUGAUUUUGGUUCUUUUUUAUUUAAGAAUCUAGAAGUUCUUGAAAAGGCUAAUAAAGAUGUUAUUCAGAGACUACGUUCUGAACAUUUAUCUCAAUCAUCUCCUAUCACUUUGGCUAUUGAUACAGAUUAUCAAAAACAUCGCCAUCGAUCUAUUUCUACUAUUAUUCCAAAAGAAUCCUUGUCAACAUCACCAACAUCAUCUGCUUCAAUAUUGUCUACGUCGCCUAAUUCUUUAAUGACAAAAGUGUCACUUGUUUCAUCAUUUCCCGCUUCGCCACUUAGCUCAGUUUCAUCUCUUGUCAAUACUACUAAGAAACGUUUUUCAACUAAUAUAUCAAUUUCGAUUCCUAAAGAUGAUUGUCUGAAGAUACCAAAACAUACUAGAAAUUCGUCUUCGUCACAUAUUGAUAACUCUUUAAUAAAUAAAAUAUUCUCAAAGAAUAAUACUACACGUCGUCGCAGUACAAUGCCUUCAAGAAUGAGACCAUUUAUCAAGGGACAAUUGGAUGGCGGUGCUUUUUUAGAUUCAUGUGAUAAUAAUAAAGGGAAUCAAAUGAUUGAGUUUUCGACUUCAUCUUCUGAUAAUGAAGAAUUGGGAAAUAGUACGCUUUUAAGGAUACCAAGACGUCUACAUCUUAAACGACUUUCAGUGUCUUUUUUGAAUAAUACUUUAGAUAGACCAUUGGAUAUAUUAUUGUGCGAAAAUAAUUUAAUUUCUAGAAAACUUUCAGAAUCAAUUUUAGAAAAACUUGGUUGUCGUGUUGUUAGCGUAUCUGAUGGGACGGAGGCUAUUAGUUAUGCUACUGGAGAUGUAAAAUUCGACGUCGUUUUUACAGAUAUAAUUAUGCCAAGAUUGUCUGGAAUUGAUUUGGCUAGAAUGAUUGUACAAAGUGACAGUAUUAAUAGUACUACUCCAAUUAUAGCAAUGAUAUCAUUUAUGGAUACUGUUCCACGUCCUAAUUAUUUUGUUUCAGAGCUCGAAAAACCACUUGAUCUUAAAUUAGUAGAAAAAGAAUUAGAAAAAAUAUGUAAUUGGAAACAUCAUGAGAACUCUCCUGAUAUUUCUAUCGAAUCUACAUCUUUUAAACAUUGACUUUAUGUUUUUUUA